GAGGAGGAGGAGGAGGAGGAGGAGGAGGAGGAGGAGGAGGGGGGGAGGGGGGGGGGAGGAGGAGGGAAGGACCUCCCCAUCCCCCGCUCUCCCCCGUCCGACCUCUGGUCGCAGCAGUGGACACUUGGCCUGGCUCGCCUGUCCACCAGGGGCCGCCAGCCCGCGGCAGGCCACCCAAACGGCCCACCCCGGCACGGCGCGGACGGCCAGGCCGGCGAGAGGUCACCCGGCGCGCACACGGCCGGCGGCAGCCCCGCCGAGGCCGGCCCGGAACCUUGCACGGCGCGGCACGCGGCCGCCGGCGCGCACCGGCAGAGGACCUGCCCGGCUUCGCAGGCGCCUGGCCGAGCGGCCAACGACAGGCAGACGAGGCGACGCGGGCGACAGACAGCGGCAGAGGAGGGCGGCGAAGGCGGCGGCGACCAUACUCCAUAG